GGUGCGGCUGGAGGGAUGGCGGGUUUGUUGCAGUUACUUUUUCGAUUGCGUUUUUAAUUUCAUUUCGGGACAAAGUGAACUAUAAUUAAUGUUUUGUAUUACUUCUAAUACGAUUUCAUAAUGUUAGUGUAAAAUACCCCAUUUCUACCACAUCCAUUGUGGAGAAAAUGCGGUGGUAAUGGAAUCGUUUGAAGACUCAAAUUGUCGUUCUAUGAGUGAUAGUUUUUAUUUGUAUGAGCGUUACAUGAGAAGUUUCAACGUAGUGGAUACUUUCCGUGAACAAAUCGAACCCGAUCCAGUUUCAUUAUUAAGUAACUGUGACUACGAAAACCCAAAUAUUGGAGGUAACACAGACUUGUCAGCUGCUGUCCAAACGAAUAUUAAAGAGGAUAGUAAACAUUACGAUAGCGCCCAAGUUGACUGUGUUUCUUUGGGUCUAAAUGAAAAUACUGCAGAGAAGGGUAGUUUGAUAGCAGAUAUUAGCAAAAUUGGCUCUCCUUGCACAUCGCUCGCGCCAUCGCUGAAUGAAAGCUCUUCCUUUACGGUGGACCACAACCUCACCAACAAAUCUGACCCGGCCGACGUCCCCGUAUCUUCGGAUGACUCUAAAUCCAGCUGUUUUAAACAGCCUAUUUUUAUAACCUCUACUAUGGAAAACAGUAACAAUGCAGUCGACAUGCUUCGUGACGUAAGUCAUUCCGAAAGCGUCUUCAAAUUGCCGAUCAGCGAAUUGUCAUUUAACGGCACCAUAAAACACGUGCAGAAGCUGAAGCCCAUUGUUGACCCUAUAACUGCUCUCACUGCUAGUGCUGGGCUGGAUUUAGAUGAUAAAUCUCAAGAAUCAGAUAGUUCUAAUAUAAGUGAAAAUAUUGGCAUUGCUUUUGAAGAGAAGAGCUGCCACACGCCCGCUGCUAGCGACAUAUCUGAUGACAGGAGUACUAAAGGUACUGAGAGUACUGUUGAUUCACAGUAUGAAGAUUUCUCCAGAAAAGAGAGUAUAUUUCCGAGGCCGGAAGAUAAAAGUACAAAAUGGAGUAAUGACCAAAGUUACUCGUCUUUAGAAGCCUCGUUUGAUAGUGGUGUGCGCUCCCCAGAUAUGUUCUGUUCAGAUGAUGAAGAUGCCCAAGCCAGUGCAGCACCUGAACCAUUUUGGAGCUUUUUGAAGAACCAUGAACAGCAUGAUAAGAAGAAGGUUAAGAAAAUGGAGGAAAAGCUCCAAGGCAUUCUACCACCACCAUCAGUCACAACUCUACGCACAGAUGUCUCAGAGAUGCUAAAGAAAUACUACUGUUUCUUACCAGCAUUCAAUAAUGAGGUUAAAGUUGACCAUGAACCUAUUAUCCCUGUUACUCCAACUAAGCGAGUAUCCUUUGUGGAAAUACCGACAGUAUCAAUAGAGGCAACUGCAACGUCUUCUAGACGAGAGGAUAAGCCUGAGUAUGAAUUGGACACUAGUGCGAAUGAUAAGAGUAUUGUGCUUGAGAUGUGCAGUGAAGCGGAGGCUAAGGAAACAGCAUGGCCUAAUUUGUUGAAAUGCAGGCAUUAUGAUGUUUAUUACAAUGUGACAGGCUACUCCGAGAGGAUGGAAAUGCUGGCAUUGCGCUACGGAGAGAGAUAUGUUGGUGCUGAGACCGAAACCAGUGUUAAUGUCUACUCCGGAGGGAACCAGUCGCCUAGCAGUGCGCAUAAGAGGAAGGCACUUCGCCUCAAGAUGGCACAAGCAAAGUCGCCAGGUAGACGUUUAUCACAUUUGGCGCGCCGACGACAAGCAUUUUGCAGUGCUGCUACUAUCAAUGAAAAGGCUCAAGCAGGCACUGCUAAAAUGGUCCUCAUUGAUAAAAAUUAUUUCCCACACAGGAAGCUGAUCAACUCCGCUGAAAGGAAAAGUCCCCGCCUUAGACGCACACCGGGCAAGAAAACGCCCAGCCGCAAGACUCCAGGCAAAAAGACUCCGGCCAAAACCCCAAAGACCAGAAGCGGAGGCUCUAGCCGCAAGAAGAUAAUGAGAAGAUUACUUAUGGAUUCUGACAGUAUGACGAGAUCACAGCCGACACGUGAGACUCUAAAAAGAGCUUUAUUUGUCAGUCCAGAGAAUAGAAAGUCGAUACCAAGCACUGCUAGCACAUCAGUGCCGCUUCAAGCUAUGAAGUCCAAGCGAGCCCUGUUCUCGUCCCCCGAUAGGAGUGCUGAAACAAAAAGUGCUGAUGGGACUCAAAGCGAUCAUUUCUUAAAGCGUAAACUGCUUGCUUUGGAUGAGCAACCAGAGAGCAAUAGAAGUAAGAUAGCGAAGAGUCUGUCGUUCGGCGGGGACACGAUCGGGAGCAUGCCUCCGCAUGUCAUGAAUCGACGGGCGUCUGAAGUUUUUACUAGACGGAAUUCUGUGGAGUUAAAUGAAACUCAUAAGAAGAAACUCCUAUGGGCGGUGUCAGAGGCGCUCCGCGUGCACGGGUGGCGCAUGUCCUCCGCCGGCUUCCGCGAGAAAGCUGAAGCCCUAGCGAGGCUCACUCGCCGGCUGUUGACACUGCCGCCUCACGCUGCCAAGUUCGCCUCGCCUAAGCUGUCAACCUCUGAAACCAUGCUCAAACUCGCCCGCCAAUACGUGUUCGCGAUCAUCCAAGGUCGCAGCAUCGAGGACUGUUUCCAAGAAGAACAAAUGAAGUUAGCCAACGACGGUAACAGUAAACUCUCUGGGUACAUCUCCGCCAAUGCUUACCAACAGUUCAAGGCAAGACAGGCCGCACCUAGUACACUAACAUCACAAAUUAAAGAGAACUGUAACGGUUCCUUCAAACAGGACCAACCAAGAAGCGGUUCCAAAAACGUCCUCCAAGACAAACUUAUCAAUGUAGACUCUAGUUCCAACAGCAGCAGUGGUUUCAGCAUGCUGGAUAAGUCAGGCCUCUACAAAUCGAAUUCGAUGCCUUCAUUCGAAGAGGCAGCUAAAAUGAGAGCCCGCAGGCAAAUUAGUUUUGACAAUCUCGAUUUUCCUAAAAGGUGAUGUGUUUAAGGUCCUUUAAUUGUUAAGAUACUGACUGAUUUCGAUAGUGUUUGCGUUUGAGAUAUUAUUUUAACGGUUUAAGUAGGCAAUGACACUAGAUUAUCUGGUUUAUGAAAUGACUUUGCUUAUAUGUGUUAGCGUCAUU